AUGAGUGCGGGUACAGCCAAGUGGGAUUGGAAGUUUGACUGCCCCGAGGUCCCAAGAGACGGACCGAAUCUUGGAACGACUCUUAGAAAAGGUCUUUUACAGAAGUACCCCGACGAGCCGUUCAAAGUCAUGACGGCAGAUGGCUUCGUUGUCUUCUUGCCCGCCCGUCAUAUUCAGGAACUUUGUAUGCACCCCAGAACCGAGGUUUCCUUUGGCCACAUGGUUUUGCAGUACUUCUCGUCAUGGGCCACAGGCUUUGGUGUGAAUAACGAUACGUUUCUCCGAGGCACCAAGCUGGGACUUCUAUCAACCGGUUCCCGCUUUAUUGUGCCCAUGAUAGAUGAGACAACAGCGGCCUGCUCUCGAUUGUUUGAUGGUCGCGAUCGAGCGUACAGUAAUCCCAAUGAAAAGGAAUGGACGUCCGUUAAUGUCAGCUACGCCGCCGGGCAGCUCACAGCACAAAUCAUGGCUCGUGCAUUUGUGGGCAAGUCUCUUUCUCGAGACCAAUCCUGGGUCGAUGGUCAAGUAUCCUACUUGGCCUACGUAUGGGCGGCGGCUCGGGGUAUCCAGCAAUGGCCGAAGUGGGCGCAGCCGCUGGUAUACCGCUUUGUCAAGGGCUACAAAGACUUACGUAACGAGGAGAGACGGCUUGCAGACCGGCUGAGGACCGAGUUUGACGUGGCUAGAUUAGGGAACGACCGCAGUGAAGCGGGCAAGAUCCGGGAGCGGACCAUGAUCGACGACUUUUUGGCCGUAACAGACCCAGGCAAACAAGACGAUAUCGUGUUUCACAUGACACUACAGUACCAGCUUAUUUUUACCGCCAUACAUCCAACUUCAGAAACUUUGUGGCAGGUCCUUUACGACAUUGCACUCUACCCCGAAUACCAGGAGAUUCUAAGAAACGAACUAAAGGAAGUCGAUCGAACAGAUGAAAAAAGUUGGCUCUCCCAGGUUCCGAAGAUGGACAGUUUUAUGAAGGAAUCCCAGAGGCUCCACGCCGCUUCUCUCGUAACUUUGACCAGAAAGGUUCUGAAACCGAUGACUACUUCGUCCGGGCUUCACUUCCCAGCCGGGUCUCAAAUCUCAUAUAUGACGGACGCCGUGAAUCUCGACCCUAAGAGGUGGUCGGAUCCUGAGAAGUUCGAUGGUCUAAGAUUUUACAACAUGAAAAUGAAUGUUGAAACCGAAUCUCAGCAGGUAACGCUGAGCUACUCAUACUCAGGGUUCCCGGGACAGUUGAACUUUGGCUACGGCGUGCAGGCAUGUUGCGGACGUCACUAUGCAGGAUGGCUCAUCAAGAUGAUCCUUGCGGAGCUGGUUACUAUGUUCGAUCUUAAACUGGCGGAGGGUCCUGGGGAGGAGGAAGGCAUGAGAUGUUUUACCAUCAGAAGCCAGAGGAUUGGAACGGCCAUACCGCGCAUAACGACAGAGUUCGACUCGCUUCAAGAUGCCGGACUUUAUCGUAGCGCAUCUCUAGUCGCUUCGACGGCGCUUCAACUACCGUACGGCAAAGCAUACGCCCAAUUCAAUGUCAAAUGGAUCUAUCUCGGUAGCCUGGUCGUCUUCGAAGCAGGGUCUGUCCUCUGUGCCGUUGCUCCCAACUCGGGGACCCUCAUCGCCGGACGUGUUGUCUCGGGCGUGGGUGCGGCGGCGCUUUACUCAGGCGCCAUCAACAUGGUUGCGAUGACGGUAAGCCCGCAGAGGUCCCCGGCACUUUUUGGUAUCGUGUCUGGUAUGGUCGGUCUGGCGUCUCUGGUCGGUCCGCCCUUGGGGGGUGCCUUCACCGACGCACCGAAAUUGACUUGGCGAUGGUGCUUCUGGAUAAACGUGCCGCUCGGCGGCGUCGCCGCCAUAUUCAUUUUGGCCGUGUUUCGACCUUCUCAGCGACAGUCGUCGCUUCCGGCUCUGGCAGACACAGAAAUGCAAACAGUUGGUGAUGCACAUGAAGGAGUUGAAGGCAAACGCCCACCAACAAGUGCCCCUCAUCGCUCAUUAAACAACCGUGGCUUGACGGCAGCCUCAGCCGCAGUCCUCCCCGUUAUGAAGCGAAUGCAGAAGAUGGAUCCGUUGGGCACCGCUCUCCUUGUCCCGGCCAUGGUCAGCCUGCUUCUGGCCCUCCAAUGGGGCGGGUCAAAGUACAACUGGUCGGACGGGCGGAUCUGGGGCUGCCUGGUCUGUUCGGCCGUUCUCACGGGCGCCUUCGUCGUCUCAUUGCGGUUCAACGGCGAUGACGCCAUGAUCCCUCCCCGUCUUCUCCGCGAUCGCGCGGUCGUGGGCGGCAUGCUGCUAAUAACUUGGCUUUCGGCGGCCAUGUUCACCCACGUCUUCUUCCUGCCAUUCUACUUCCAAGUCGUCCAGGGCAUGAGCGCCACGGCCUCGGGCCUACGCACCCUCGCCUAUGUUGGGGCUAUGGCCUUGGCCGGGGUGGGCGCCGGCGGCGCCAUGUCUUCCCGGAGCAGCGACGGCGGUGUCGGCUUGUCAGACCAUAGGCCGUACGCCUGGGUCGGCGCCGGCCUCUUUGUCAUCGGAGCGGGCUUGAUGCACAUGCUGACCGUCAGCUCAGGAUUGGGCAUGGUGGUGGGCUUUCAGUUGCUGUCAGGUGCCGCGCUGGGUGUCGUCUGGCAGGUUCCCUAUGUCGCCGUUCAGCGGUCAGAGAAAAUCGGCAAACGACAGGAUGACCGUGCCAUCGCGAACGCGCUCAUUGCCUUCUCUAACUCCCUGGGUGCGGCCCUAGGCAUCUCUAUCGCGCAGACCAUAUUUGCAACAACACUCGCUAAGGGGCUUGCGGGCCUCCCGGGGUUAGAUCCUAGCCAUGCGGAUGCUCUGGCAAAGGCCGGCCAGGCUGCCCAACUGGGUUCUCUUUCCCCAGAGCUUCUCGCUGCUGUGUUGCAAAUCUUUAACCACGCCAUUACAUCCACCUUUACUUUUGCUGCGACUGCUGCAGGAGUUGCCUUCUUAUGUUGUUUUAUAUUCCCUUAG